GGUUGUUUCCAGUUGCCGGCGCACACCGCUAGUGCGCCUGCGCCGAGUGUUGUGGCGGCUGUUUGUUCGGCUUCGGGGCCGCGUACGAGUUUGAGGGGAGGGAGCGGCGGCUGCGGUGUGGGCUGAGAAGGGGGGACGGCAUGGCGCAGUACAAGGGCGCGGCGAGCGAGGCCGGCCGGGCCAUGCAGCUGAUGAAGAAACGAGAGAAGCAGCGGGAGCAGCUGCAACAACUCAAGCAGAAGAUCGCUGAGGAGAAUCUGGUCAAGUCCAACAUCGACAAGAAAUUCUCAACGCACUAUGAUGCGGUGGAGGCCGAGCUGAAGUCCAGCACCGUGGGUAAGGACGUAAUGCUGAGGUUUGAAAGAGUGUUGAUUGGGCUGCAUUCAGAGUGUUGUGAACAGUUUAGGGCACCGUAUCAUGGGGUGUGUUGGUAUUGGAGCGAGUCCAGGGAACAUCAGGUAGAUGACAGAAAAAUGGAGGGCCAUUUGGAAGAGAAGGGUUGGGUUGAUUUUAGAGCAGGUUAAAAGGUUAUCAUUGUA